UAUUAAACAAUACUACGUCAAAUGUAAAAACGAAGAUGGAAAGUAUACGGCUAUACAGAAUAUUUAUGGAUGCAUAAGUAUUGGUCAAACAAUCAUAUUUUGCCAUACUCGUAAAACUGCAGCUUGGCUAGCAGCUAAAAUGGCGUCUGAUGGACACUCCGUUGCAGUGUUAUCUGGUGAUUUAACUGUGGAGCAAAGACUAGCUGUUUUGGAUAGGUUUCGGUCAGGAUUAGAAAAAGUUCUGAUAACAACUAACGUGUUAUCCAGGGGUAUUGAUAUAGAACAGGUUACUAUUGUUGUUAAUUUUGACUUGCCAGUUGAUGUUCGUGGAAAUGCUGAUUGUGAGACUUACCUACACCGCAUUGGUCGAACAGGACGUUUCGACUGAUGCGGGAGGAAGAAUCGCUGGGUAAUAUUAAACAAUACUACGUCAAAUGUAAAAACGAAGAUGGAAAGUAUACGGCUAUACAGAAUAUUUAUGGAUGCAUAAGUAUUGGUCAAACAAUCAUAUUUUGCCAUACUCGUAAAACUGCAGCUUGGCUCGUUGCAGUGUUAUCUGGUGAUUUAACUGUGGAGCAAAGACUAGCUGUUUUGGAUAGGUUUCGGUCAGGAUUAGAAAAAGUUCUGAUAACAACUAACGUGUUAUCCAGGGGUAUUGAUAUAGAACAGGUUACUAUUGUUGUUAAUUUUGACUUGCCAGUUGAUGUUCGUGGAAAUGCUGAUUGUGAGACUUACCUACACCGCAUUGGUCGAACAGGACGUUUCGACUCGUAAAACUGCAGCUUGGCUAGCAGCUAAAAUGACGUCUGAUGGACACUCCGUUGCAGUGUUAUCUGGUGAUUUAACUGUGGAGCAAAGACUAGCUGUUUUGGAUAGGUUUCGGUCAGGAUUAGAAAAAGUUCUGAUAACAACUAACGUGUUAUCCAGGGGUAUUGAUAUAGAACAGGUUACUAUUGUUGUUAAUUUUGACUUGCCAGUUGAUGUUCGUGGAAAUGCUGAUUGUGAGACUUACCUACACCGUAUUGGUCGAACAGGACGUUUCGGAAAGUCCGGAAUUGCAAUUAAUCUCAUCGAUAGCGAACGAUCUAUGGCAGUAUGUCGAACUGUUGAAAAACACUUUAAAAAGGAAAUCCAAUAUCUAAAUACUGAAAACGCUGACGAUAUUGAAAAGAUAGGAAAUUAAUUUCAUCGUUGUUAUAAUCAGUUCGAUUACGCUUUUUCUAAAUUUAUUAAGUGAAUAAAAA